AUGUCCGAUACCAACCUUUCAAAAAAUAACUUGGAGGAAAUCUGCCGAGGCCUUCGCAUUUCUACAGAAGGAACCAAAGCUGAGUUAGUACAAAGAAUAAGGGACUAUUCAAGUGCUGAAAAUCGUAUGAGACCUGAACAAACUGUAAAAUCAAAAAGGGAUACAUAUCUUGUUAAUGAAGAGGAUGGUUCAGUGGGUUCAGAAUAUCCAAAUGAAGUAAAUGAAGUAUAUGAAAACAAUUCCCAAAUGCAAACAUUAAGAGAACUCAUACAAAAGUCAAGGAGAAAAACAAAAAUUCCACGAUCAAGAUUUGCCACCCCUCAAGAUGAGGAAGGACAAAGCUCGCAACAUCAUUUAGUGGAGGAUACAUAUGAAACGUUAAGGAAUGUGAGGAAACGCAGGCUUCAUGAAGAAGAUGAAAAUGAAAGUACACAAACUCUGGGACAGAAAAUGCUGUUAGAGUUUAAGAAACUAGAAAAUGCUGUUUUAGACUUUAAUAACAGACUGAAUUCAGUGGCCGCUCAGGUGCAAGACACCCGCCAAAGA